UGAAGUGUAGCUUUCUUCUAAAAACAUUUUUUUUAACAAAUUAGCCCAAUGGCUGUUUAAAGAUGGCACACUUUCUUUUCUUCUUUUUCUGAAAAAGUGUAGUCUCAUGGAGCAAGCCAUUUUAUAGAUUUAGUAAAAGUUUUAUAGAGAAAGACUGUCAAGUAAUGAUUUGAGUCAAAAUGGAGGCCCCUUACAAAUUAUUGUGUUCUGAAUUAACAGAGGACAUUCUGUUAAAGACUUACCGUGAGCAACUCAAUUUCCUAACAAAGAAGAACCUGCUGGUAAAAGAAAAAACCGUCUACGCCAAACUUGGAGAAAACAGAGAUUUGUGCAUCAAAAAAGCUCUUGCGGCACCAGGAAUCAACACAAACGACGAAAGGGUUGCUGUGACCGAUAACUUCUUGUGCACCGGUGGUGUGUCUGAGUACAGAGAUCACAUAGGAUGCAGAGGGGAUUCUGGUGGUGCUGUGUUCAAGAACUUCAACCAGCGGACAAUCCAGAUUGGAGUGGUCAGCUGGGGAACACACGAUCUGUGCAACCCCACGGACAAAUACAUUGAGUCCACUGCUGAGUCCAGAGAUUUCCAUAUCAAUCUGUUUAGAAUGAUUCCUUUUCUUUCUCAGAACCUUGGAGAUGAUAGUCAAGAUUACACAGCACUGAAAUUCCUGAAAAACUGAGCAUAACUGCACGCUAUAAUUGGAUCAUAACAUAAAAUGUGCACUUAAGGCAUUUUAAACUCACACAUUUGCUCUCUUCUCAGACUUUGACCUUUGGGUUAUACCCCACAUGAGAGGGCAUUCAGUGUUUAUGUAACGUUUGAAAAUAAAUGUUCCCUCUAUUAACGAAUGAAUGAUUAUGUGUCUGUCAAAUCAGGUUUUAAUGUAUGUUCUGCUGUUUCAAAGAUGCAGAUAAUCUGGAAAAUAACUAUACUUUGGAUUAAAGCUAUCAUUGUAUUUUA